AUGGAGUACCUCGACCUGUACUUAAUCCACAUGCCCGUCUGCCAGAAGCCCGGGCCGCCUGUGUUCCCGGCCAGGAGGGAGGACGCCCUCCCGUUCGAUUUCAAGGGCGUGUGGCAGGCGAUGGAGGAGUGCCAGCGACUUGGGCUCGCCAGGGCCAUCGGCGUCAGCAACUUCACGACCAAGCACCUCGACAAGACGUUGCCUUUUGCCACCAUCACCCCUGCAGUGAACCAGGUGGAGCUGAACCCGGUUUGCCAGCAGCCAAAGCUGAGGAGGUACUGCGCCGAGAAGGGCAUCCACGUCCAGGCGUUCUCGCCGUUGGGAGGGCAGAGCUGGACGGGGGAAAGAAACGCCGUGCUCGAAUCCCAGGUUCUCGCGGAGAUAGCUAAGGCAAGAGGGAAGACCGUGGCACAGGUGUCAUUGAGAUGGGUAUAUGAGCAAGGAGUGAGCCUUGUCGUCAAGACCUACAAACAGGAGAGGCUUAAGGAAAACCUUGAGAUUUUCGACUGGGAGCUGACUGACGAGGACAGGUUCAAGAUCAGCCAGAUCCCACAUCACAAGAAGCUUGCUGGUUUCGCAUACAUCUUCAAGCCAGAAGGUGAAUUCACAUCGGUUGACAUUUCGGAAAUCAAUCCUGAAGAGGAUUAG